GUUCUCCCUUGUGUGUGUGUGUGUGAGAAUGUGUGAGUUCUCCAGUUUGCUUCCACUGUUCAAUUAACACAGGUUAAUUGAGCGCUCUAAAUUGCCUGCACUGUAUGUGUGAAUGUUAGUGACUGGUUGCUCGUCCCUACGUUGGGCCUGUGAUGGACUGACCUGUCCAUGGUGUCCUGUCUUUUUAAGCCUAUGUCAGCUGGGAUUGGCACCAGCAGCUCCGCUUUACUCUCACCAAGAAUGAUAACAAAAAUCAUCACAAAUGAUCUUGCCUAUCCUUGUGCCAUCCUCAUGACAGAGAUGUCAGUCAUGAGUCGGUCACUGGCGAGCUCGGUCACCGUUUGUUGACUGAAGAACCUGAAACGUGUAACUAUUAUUUAGUGUACAGACACAUGUACUUGUUUCACAGUGACAGGUCAGUGUACUGCGUGUUCCUGGUUGGCAGCCACCGAUCUGAGGCUGGUGUUGGUUAUUCUAGAACAUUCUGCAGCAGUGAGUCUGCAGAGAGCUGGCGAGGUGCUGCUCAGGGCCUUCCAGCUGACAUCUGAAAGCUGGCUAACUUCAGUGCACAUGUGGCAUGGAAUGGAAAGAAUAACUGGACCGGGCUAAUGUGUAUAUGUAGUGAUACAAAAUGAUUUCACUCUCUGCGGUGAGAGCCUUUGGUGAUGAUGUCGAUGGGGAUGUUGGACAGACGACAAGCGUUCAGUGGAGAAAUGGCACAUAGACAGUGACAUCUGGGAAGUGGAGGCUGUUAAAGAAGAGUAAGAUCAAAACGUAUCUCUGCCAUGAGGGUGUACAAAUGUGUCGACAAACAGAUUUAAUUUAAUCCUCAUUUUCCCUGAUAACUCAUCCAGAGCAUGUGGAGUUAAUACUAACAUUGCAUGCAUUGUACAUACACGCAGCUAUUUGACACGAUGGGCAGGUCAUAAAUAACAGUGUCUCUGGGUUAGCUUAAUCCAACUGAGAGGUAUUUGAGCCGUUUACUGUAAUCUGGAAGGAUAGAGGGGAAAAUAUGUGUCCUCGCUGAAAUCUGAAUCAUUUUCCGGAAACCGGUUCGCCUCAGUCCUCACAUUCUUAGGGCGCCCCAUAAAAUGAAAACACACAUCUGGAACCGGACUAAAUUAAUGCACAUUUCCAGAGGAAAGGGUGUUUCAUGUUGAGGUGCAUGUGUGUUAUGUUAUGGAGUGUUCACAUCUUGAGUGGGUGGGCCCUGAACGUCGAUUGCGUAAACCCAACCCUCCACUUGGCCACAGCUGCCUUUUUACUCCACAUCCCCUUCAGGUUUCAUCCCAUUUACUUCAAGCACUGAAGGAGCGAAGGAGUGCAAGCGCUCACAGCCAAGGACGAGUGGAGACACGUGCAGACAGAGAGUGGGGACUGGAUUUAUUCAAAGCAAAGACUCCUGUGUCCUGUCCACAGAAGACUGGCCUGAGAGUCACUGGACAGGCUGAGGUGGAUGAGACUGUAGGAUCCUUCCCUGUGAUCAGGUCUUCUUACUGAAAAGACAAAUCCCUGCAGUGAUCAGGAUGCGUUUGACCUCCUGCCUCCUCUUCGCCUCCCUGCUCUUCCUCCUGUUCUCUUGCAUUGAGAUGAAAAAGCCGGGGAAGGGAAGGGGCCUCAAAAGGGCGAGACACAAAUUAACUCGGGACAGAUCUGCCAGGAUAAGAGGUGCGGGGCGUCACAGCAGAUCAGGCCCCUCCAGGCAAGUGUCUCCUUCCUGCUCAGAGUCCACAGAAUCUGGCGAGGUCUUCGCCGACUGUCAGGAGCGACAUCUCACCUCCGUCCCCAUCUCCCAAACCUGGUCCAAAGAGCCCAAGCAUCUCCUUCUAGCGCGCAACAGGAUCAAAAUCCUGCGCGAUGGGGCCUUCCUUGGAUACGAGAGUUUAGUCACUCUGGACCUGCAGCAGAACCAGAUCUCUGUCAUCCAGGAGGGGGCCUUCCAGGGCCUUUCACACAUUAAAACCCUGCUGCUUCAGCACAACAGCCUGGAAACACUCACAGAGGAGGCCCUCAUCCCCAUGCCCAACCUUCGCUACCUGCGCCUGUACGAUAAUCCGUGGAAUUGCCUCUGCUCCAUGGACAGUCUCAUUCGCACUGUUCAAGUCCCGAGCAACCGCAAUUUGGGAAACCACGCCAGGUGUGUGGCUCCAAUCAGGCUCAAAGGCACUAAGUUGAAGCAGGUUGACGCUGAGUUAAUCUGUAAGGAGUCAGACUCAGUGGGCGACCCGCAGGGCGACGGAACCGAGAACACAGUCCCCAUAGAUCCCAUUCCAUUUCGGGGCAAACCAGAUGUGACCACAUCUUGCCACACCUACCUUUUCCCCCAAGUACGACUGGACUGCAGUAAACGAGGUCUAACAGAGGUGCCCACGGGAAUUCCAGACGAUGUCGUCCACGUCGAUCUGUCCUAUAAUUCAAUCAGUCAUCUCAGAGCCAGAGAUUUCCAAAGUGCGAGAAGCCUCAGAUUCCUAAACCUCAGCAAUAACUACAUGGAGCGCAUUGACCCAGCGUCCCUGUCUGGGCUCCUGCAUCUCCGUGAGUUGGAUUUGUCUGAAAAUGGUCUUCAUUUUAUCCAGUAUGGGGUUCUGGAGGACCUUUACUUCCUGUCACGGCUAAAACUGGAAGGAAACCCGUGGGUGUGCGACUACAGCAUUCACUACAUGGUGUACUGGCUGCGCCUGCACCCAGGAGUCAGGGACUCCGGCCUGAUGUGUCGCUCCCCUCUUCAACAUAUUGGGGAAACUGUGGAGCAUUACGUGCAUUCCUACAACAAAGGCUGUCCAAAGGACAGACAGCAAAGCAGAGCGGACGAAGACCAAACAGACCCUGAGCUUUGGAACACAGCGAUGGAGGUGCAGGGAGAGCUGGAGGAGGAGCUAGAGCCGGGCCACUUGAGGGUGCCGAAGAAAUACGAGAUCAUCAGACUGUCCUGAAAUCCGACUUUUAAUCGUCUCAUUGUUUUCCUGUCAGUUAUUUCCUUUCAGUAUUAUUAAACAGUCUGUAUCAGAUGGAGAAACUA